CUUGUUUUAUAGCAGAGCAUCACAUAGCAGAAGAGAUGGGAAGCAUUCCAGAGAUAUCCUUGGGUUCCACAGACCCUGGCAUUCCCUCCCUUGGAAUGGGCACAGCAGAGUAUCCCUUCAAUGCUUCUGAAACUAUGAAGUCAGCCAUUCUCAAAGCAAUCAAACUCGGUUACAGGCGCUUCGACUCAGCUGCUCCAUAUAAGUCAGAGCAGCCUCUUGGAGAAACCAUCAACGAAGCCCAAAGCUUGGGCUUCAUCAAAUCCAGAGAUGAGCUUUUCAUCACUUCCAAACCAUGGUGCAGUAAUACUCACCAUGAAAAGCUGAGAGAAGGUUAUAUAUGUAUUGUUUGUUUCUAUAAGGUGGCGAUGAACCAAGUUUGGCAGCAGAAGAAGCUGAGAGAGUUCUGUAAGGAAAAGGGCAUGCAUAUUACUGCUUACUUUGGGGCACUGACAGAGUUAUGGGUAUGUGAGGUUCUAAAAGAGAUUGCGGACCAAGAGGAAAACUGUUGCUCGGGUGAUAUCUUACUGUCCUUCACUGAUUUUUCUAUAUAAUUGAACUUUCAACGUCAUGGGUUGGAUUUUUUCACCGAUAAUCUAUAUUUAAACAACGCGUUAGGGUCAUAAGUUUUGACCAUUGAUCGUAUGUGACAUAAUCUGAAUCGUAUAUUCUUUUCAACUUAUUACUUGUUAUUCCCGUUUACCUUCCCAAUUGGGUUUUAGGUACUUAUGCUUCACCCUCGUCUUCUGUUAACAGGAUGAGAAACUAGUUGAAACCCCUUUUCCACCGGCACUACCUGAUACCAUCGCAUUACUCUGGCCACUAUCCUCUGCCCAACGCCACCGGUGUCGUCGGCGCUUCUCCCCUUUGCCACCACUUCUCUCUUCCUCUUCCUCUUCCUUCUCCAUAGUGCCAUUCCUGUUGUCGGGUGGCUUCCAUGGCCAAAUCAACAAACAAAUACCGUAGCCAACACCAUAGCUAACCUCGAGUUCGGUGGCUCCAAGAAGUACGAGGGCUCCUCCGAGUUCGUUCACCUCAGGUACCAUAUGGGACCCAUCCUCCUAUCUGGUAUGACUGGUGGCAGAAUUCCCAAAAGCGCAUCAUCCAUGGCUUCCUCAACUCCAUCUCCUCUGUCCAUUCCAACCAUCCUUCCGUUGCCGGCUGGUGAAAAAUGGUCCGGCUCUACAUUGACCAGAGGAUUAAGAGAGAUGUGAAACAAAAGUUUUCGUACAAAACAGGGAAUCAGAUGUAGAAGCAAAAUGCCCUAAUAGAGG